AUGUCCUUCACCGAGGCCUUUCCGGCAGUCUGGUUGACCGCACUGUACGGAAUUGUGCACUUGGGUCACCUCCGACAGGGGGAGUCCGUUCUCAUCCACGCUGCUGCUGGUGCUAAUGCUGGGGCGGAUGUAUUUGUAACGGAGCGCUACGGAAUCCCGGACGAUCGGUUCUUCUCCAGUCGUCAACUGGCAUUUGGGAAGCAGAUUUUGCGUGCCACCGAAGGUCGAGGGGUUGAUGUGGUAUUGAAUUCGACUUCAGGUGAAGCCCUGGCAGAGACGUGGAGGUGUAUCGCGCCUCUGGGGCGUUUCGUGGAGAUUGGAAAGCGAGAUAUCUACUCCUUGCAGAAGCUGGCCAUGUAUCCUUUCUCGAAGAAUGUCACCUUUUCAUCCGUCGAUCUCCAGACGGUGUACCGGAAUCACCCCGCCGUGAUUGGCCGUUUGAUGAAGGAGCUUAGAGAGCUGCUGUUUGCGAGAGAGCUGCUGUUUGCGAGAAAGCUAGGGCCACCCCACCCAGUUACUCAGUUCUCCCGAGAGAUCUCCAUGGUGCCCAGCCGCCACGCGGCGGAUUCUUUCGACCCAGAUGCCAGCUACGCGAUUGCGGGUGGCUUGGGAGGGGUCGGUAGGAGUUUAGCCCGAUGGUUUGUCAGUCGAGGAGCCAAACAUCUCAUCCUGCUGUCCCGCUCCGGAGUCCCUGCAGGUGCGGUAUCCCAAGAAGCGAUCCAAAUGGUUCAGAAACUGGAGGAGCGCGGUGUCACGGUGGCCACGCCGCGGUGCGACAUCAGCCAUGUGGAGUGCCUUGCAGCGGUAUUGCGUGAAUCCUGCCAGUCGAUGCCCCCCGUGAAAGGUGUCGUACAGGCGACCAUGGUUCUACAGGAUCGCCUGUUCCACAACAUGUCCCGGGAAGAAUGGCAGGCAGUGCUCGAUCCCAAGGUUGGUGGAACCUCGAAUCUCCACCAUCAUCUUCCCGCGGAUAUGGAUUUUUUCGUCAUUCUCUCCUCUCUCGGAGGCAUGAUCGGGUCGAGGGGCCAGUCUCAAUACAAUGAACAUGUAUCCAAGCGGUGGGUGAACGCAGGCUUUGAUGCUCUCCGCGAGGAGGAGUUGCACAGUGUCGUGUACUGGGCGUGCGAUCCUCGUCGCCAGGUCUUUUCGGGGUGGGAAACGCAGGUUCUCACGGCUGUCGAUCGGCCCUUGGCCAUGGUGAAGCCAGGCAUCUUUGCCUGGCUUCACCAUGGCCAAGACGCCACUGGGUCCGCUGGGCCCUCCCUCGAGAAAGUGAACUAUGCAGUCCUUCUUGGCGCGGCGGAAACUGUCGAGGAGGCCGGGAACAUCAUCUCCUCAGCUCUCGCCCAGAGACUUUCCCGGGCUCUCUCGGCCCCAUUGGAGGACAUUGACAGGGGUAAGCCAGCUCACUCCUUCGGGGUGGACUCCCUGGUGGCGGUCGAGCUGCAGCUCUGGUUCGCCAAUGAGAUGAAGGCAGAGCUUUGGGUGUUUAACAUUCUGGCGGAUUUGAGUAUCCGGGAAUUGGGUCAGCAGGCAGCCAGCAAGAGCCAAUACUUGCGGGGAGCAGCCCCUUAG